CCUGCUUGGAGGCCAAGGAAAGAAGCACGCCCGACAUCGAGUACCAGCAAACCGAUCGCCUGCAUUCCUACUCUCUUCCCCGAAAACCCCUCGCAUGUGCCUCCCCACCCUCUCUCUGGUUUCGUCCAUGACCAUCGCCUUCGUCACCGAAGCCUCGCGAUGCAGUCGUAAUUGAAGCUAGCUGGGAACGCAACCACGGGAUCACGGCUUACAGAGACCCGAAACUCCAUUUUUUUCCUCCUCUCCUACCCGGAAACAUUAAGGAAGUGAACCUACCACACUCAGCAAAGACUAAAGAUCAAAGAUGUCCCGCCGAUAUGACAGCCGGACGACGAUCUUCUCCCCGGAGGGACGACUCUACCAGGUGGAAUACGCCAUGGAAGCCAUCGGCAACGCCGGCUCGGCGAUCGGUAUACUUGGUACCGACGGCGUAGUCCUUGUUGGAGAGAAGAAGGUCACCUCUAAGCUUCUCCAGACCUCCAAAUCUACCGAGAAAAUGUAUAAGAUUGACGAUCAUCUGGCAUGUGCAGUCGCCGGUAUCAUGUCUGACGCCAACAUCCUGAUCAACACCGCGCGCGUUCAGGCCCAGCGCUACACUUUCGCAUACCAGGAGCCCAUGCCAGUUGAACAGCUCGUGCAGUCCCUUUGUGACACCAAGCAGGGUUACACCCAGUUUGGCGGGCUCCGCCCUUUCGGGGUCUCCUUCCUCUUCGCUGGCUGGGACUCCAACUUCGGCUUUCAGCUCUAUAUGAGUGAUCCCAGUGGGAAUUACAGUGGUUGGAAGGCCGCUGCCAUUGGGGCCAACAACCAGGCUGCACAGUCCAUGCUGAAGCAGGACUAUAAGGAGGAUAUUGGUAGAGAGGAGGCAGUCCAGCUUGCGCUCAAGGUGCUUAGCAAGACUAUGGAUAGUACCAGUCUUACAGCGGAGAAGCUUGAGCUAGCGGAGAUUUUCUUGCUUCCUUCAGGAGAGGUGAAGUACCAGGUUUGUUCUCCAGAAGGGCUCACCAAGCUGCUUGUGAAAUCUGGAGUCACCCAGCAACCUUCGGAGUCUGCUUAGCAUGGGAGUUGGAGUCUUUAGCAAACUGCAAGGAAACACAAGGGUAGGGUGAUCAUAAUAUUGAAUUUUAUUGUUAUCCAACCAUUUUGUGAG